AUGGAGCACGUGAACCAGUUUAACCAGAGGAUGGCUAUCCACUCCCAGAAUGAGGCUCUGAUGUGCAAAGUUUUUCCGUCCAGCCUGGGACCUGUGGCGAUGAGAUGGUUCAACAGCUUGAAGACGAACUCCAUAGAUUCCUAUAAGCAACUUACUCAGGUUUUUUGCUCUCGCUUUAUUACAAACAACAGAGUCCCUCGACCCCUAAGUUCGUUAUUAUCCUUGUCUAUGCACGAAGGGGAAACCUUAAAGGCGUAUUUGGAUAGGUACUGGGAGAUGUAUAACGAGAUGGAUGAAAACCACGAUGACAUCGCCAUCAGCACAUUCAAAAGUGGUCUCCCCAUCGAGCAUGGCUUAAGGAAGUCUCUAACUAGUAAACCCGUCACCAACGUUCGCCAAUUGAUGGACCGGAUUGACAAAUAUAAAAGGAUGGAAGAGGACCAGCUACAAGGGAAAAGAAAGGAGAAGAUCAUCCCCCCCAAAGGGAAUGAUUACAGGUUAGAACGAUAUAACAGCAACCAGCCGAGAAGGGAUUUUUCGAGACAAGCUGGACAAACCAACAUGCAAGCGAUUAAUGCCAUAUUUAGAGAGCCGGUGCAACAAGUUCUUGAGAAAGUCAAAAGUGAGCCUUUCUUCAAAUUGCCGAGUAAAAUGGCCGGAGACUCCUCAAAACGCAACCAGAACCUGUAUUGUCAUUAUCAUCAAGACCACGGGCAUUCCACCGAGGAUUGCAGGAAUCUAUGGAAUCACCUAGAUCAGUUAGUCCGAGAAAGAAAGUUACGCCACCUUUUACACCCUUCCAGCGGUCAUCUGGGCCAGGCAGCUCAAGAGCCUUGA